CGGUCUCCCUGUUGAACCAAAGUUGUGUUGCCGUGCGGUCGGAUUAUCUGUGUGGAGUUUGGAGUUGAGUGAAACAAACGAACCUCGUCUGCUGCAAGCGGUCAACACCAAAGAGGUCGCAACAUGCAUCAGCGUUAGUCCUCAUGUUUUAGGUGAAGUCCUGGUGGCAAGUGAGAGCGGCACACUAAACCUGUGGACUGUCGGCAGAGGGAUGCAGAAGGUCCGGGAGGAAGACAGCAACCUGUACUUUAACGCUAAGUCAGCAUGGCGAUGGUGCGAGUUCUCCGCCCACCCGAGGGUGAUGCUGUACGCAGACAGGACCGGGGUGGAGCUCACCGACAUCAGGGGAAGUCCUUUCGUGGGUCACACACUGUUUCGUAUCAGCAACACUUCAGAGUGUCGCAGUGGGGAGAGACUCAUUCUGUCCAAAUAUCUGGGAGACGCUCACUGCUUCCACCACCUUGUCACCACUCAGUAUUCAGCCUACAUCAUGGACGAACGUUUCCCUGGGGUCCCCAUGCUGAAGUGGGAUCACUAUAUGCAGUCCCCGCCCAUGUUUUGUCACCUUAUUCCUGGCUCCGCCUCCUCUGAAUCAGCGGGGGGCGGGGCUGUGACCACCAAAGUUCUGUUGGGCUCUCACAGUUCUCAGGAAAUCACACUGCUGCAGUACUCAGGAGGCAGAGCGGAGGCUUCUUCCAGUCAUGGUCCUCCUCAGUCUCUGCUAAGACCCAGAGACAGCCUGAAACACCUUCCUGUCCAGAUCCCUCACCGCUGUGAAUUCGCAACCAACAGAUUGUCAUCGCCUGCAGCAGGUCUGACUUGUAUCCAGAUGAAAGGAGGAAAAGAAGCAGGUGCUGAAGAGCGCCUUUGUAUCAUACAGCUUACAGAAGCAGGAGAUAUUUUCUAUCAGAUUCUCGAGCCAGAGCAGCCAGACAUGUCUACACCUCCAGCAGCAGAGGACAAACCUUUAUCCAACAAACUCCCACAACAACCUCUAAAGGAGGCCACAACACCAGGGAGAAAAACAGCAGCAGGUUCUAAGCAGGUCGUGUCGGAAACGUCGAGCGAUGAGGAUGUAAUCGAGCCGACUCAGGCUGCAAUUGUGAACAUGUUUGUAAAUGAAACACCAGAGAGAAAACAACAAGAAUCCUCUGAUUCUUCUUCUGAGGAUUCAGUGUCAGGAGGGCGGAAAAAUCGAAAACUGAUGCGGUUGAAGCUGCAGGUUGUUGUCAAUGAUGAACCAGAGCCAGAUCAAAGAAAUGGGUUUGAUAAGGAGGCCGAAGAAGGAAACAGUGGUGAAAAUAAUCUGGAGAAGCCUGAAAGCAUCACGGAAACAGUCGGCUCGAGCAGCUUAAGUGGUGAUGGUCAGACUCGGGUAAAGCUCAGUGACAACGCUCUUGCCAAAUGGAAACAUUGGCUCAUGAAAUUGGUGCAAAAGAAUUGUGAAAAGAAGCCCCGGUCACACUGCCUACAGCACUUAACAGUCCCAGUCGAAGGCCUCCUGCAGCCGCCAGAUAAUCGAGAGAGAGAUUCUGCAGAAGAAGAGCGCGUUCAGAGCCUGAGGCGAGAUCUUAGGGCGUGCAUGUCCAGACGCUCACUGCUGGUUCACAGCGCCGUCUCAGACUCCAUCACGGCUCCUGACAUAAAACCGGUUCCUGACCCGGUGGACACAGACACCUACAUGGAUCAGCUGAGUCAGCGCCUGACACUCUCCUGGCAGGGCGAGGAGGCGUGGCGGGCCUGGUGGGAAGACAGUUUGGGGCUCAACAGGGAGAAGAAGGUGGCAGAUCUGAGGAGGAAGAGGAGGAUGGAGAAGGCGGCAAAGAGAGCUUCAGGGCAGCGCAUGGAGCUGUCUGGGAGCUUCGCCUCGUCUAUGAGCUACCAGGCAGAGCUCUCAGACUUCUCUGAUUCGCAGGGCUGGGCCUAUGCGACAAGUCUGGAAGCUUUGUCAGAACCAGAGUCCAUCAAGUCCCAGUCAGAGGGAAUUAAGGAGAGCGGAACACUAAGAGCCACAACACCCUCCAUAAUGCUAACUGACGGUCCGGAUCCUGGUACACCUCAAAGUUUCAGAGAUAAACCAGAUGAGCAGCGGACUCCCAGAAGCUCCCUCGCCCUCACUCUCACCCAGCCCCAGACACUGAACUCCAUCUCACAAACUGACGGUCCAGUUCCUGCUACACCUCAAAGUAUUAGAGAGAAACCAGAUGAACAGCAGACUCCCGGCAGCUCCCUUACCCAACCCCAGACAUCGAGACUGAGCUCCACUUUGCAAACUGACAGUCCGGUUCCGGCUACACCUCAAAGUGUCAGAGAGAAACCAGAUGAGCAGCGUACUCCAAGAAGCUCCCGCAUCCUCACUCUCAACCAACCCCAGACAUCAAGACUGAACUCCACAACGACCAGUCAGAGGAAGAACAAACGUCCAGCAGAGGACGUCCUCAAAUCUCUGUUUGCACCACAGAUUGAGCCCUCGCAGCAUGAUAGUUUCUACCUAGAUGAGGGGAGCAGCCUGCACCCCGCUCCUCCACCUGUAGCCUCCUCCUACUUUCAGCCCCACGGCUCCCAGUUUCUCUCUCAGGAAAGCUUCAGGGCGAACUUGUCUCAGGACUCCUCCGCCUGGUCCCAGUCUCGGACCUUCUCCCAGAGUUCACAGGGGCGACUGGGGCCUUCGCAGGCGUCGCAACCGAAGAAGAAGAAGACGUCUCGGAUGGGAUUCUGAUUCAGUGGUGGAGUUUAUUUUCGUUUGGAAUACUUGUUGUUUGAUUUCAGGUCAAGGAAGGUUUGAUUCCUGGUGUCUUCAGCUGCCUUUAAAAUGGAUGUAUGAUGGUUUUCUUCACUGGGAUUGUACCUGACAACCUGAACUUGCACACUGGAUAUUAACCUGGAGGUAAUAUUUUUGGAAACAUUUUUGAAAGAAUCACAUGAAGAACAUCUGGAGGCUGAAAAGGACUGACUGCAGACUGGUUUGGUAGGAUUCAGCCGAAUUUAUUAUCUUUUGUUUUGUGGUCGUGUCUCCUGAGUGUUAUGGUGAUACCCUGAAUGUGUGCGCUGAUGUUUCCACGAUUUCUGUUUAACAUUUACAACACUGUAUCGUAAAGUUAGAAGUGUGGAAAAGGAUAAAUAAAUGGACUGGAGUUCAGCAGGAACUCAAACAGGGACACAGCUGGAAAUUCUAACACCUAAAAGGACAGAGGAGCUUUCAAAUCAAUGUAAAGAUAGAAAAGCAGUCUCUAAAUAAUGUAAAAAAACUAGACUUGCAUUAAAGAAGGAACUGCUCAGGA